AUGCCCGACUUUCCAAAGUCAUUUUUCCAUUUUAGUGGUUUUCAAAAAAAAAGUCAAUCUCCUACUCCUGAAAUGAAUCAUAGCGACGGUACCGAAUCGGCCUUCAAUUCCAAGUUGUUGCCCAAGGGACUCAGCAGCGCCGCCCCCACAACAGCACUUUCCGACAAUUCGUUGGCUUACGGCACCACUUCGUCGCAUGCUGGCCACGAAACAGCAAGUGAACGUUUCUUGUAUCAAACUCGUACCGUGGGCGAUUUACAACAUAAUUACUCAAACAGCUCCUUGAUGAACGAACUACAUGAUGCUCCCGUUAGUGGCCAGGAAACCAGCUACGCCACAUCUAACGCCAGCUCACAGGACCAAGAGAUGACCGAUUCUUCGUCGCAGCCUAUUAUUAUAACCACCGACGAGAGGGGCCAAAAUCGUCGCCCAGCGUCCAAAAACAGCUCCCAACCAAAGGGAAGACUCAAGGUCUCCAUCAUAGAAGCCCAUGGUCUUCUUGUGUCGUCCAAUGGUUCACAGCCGUAUGUUGUAUGCACAUUCGAAAGUUCCGAGUUUAUUUCUCACGGCCCCCAUUCCUACAAUAAUUCGCCUGGUUUCAAGGUCCCUGACAAUACAUAUCAACAUGCCCCGGUCCCGGUUGCAAAAUCUCAAAAAGAAGGCUCAAGACCAACUUUAUAUCAAAGACAGUCGUCGAGUCAGCAAAUGAACUUUGGAUUCACCCAAUCGGAUUCCUCGAACCCAAUAUGGAACCACGAAGCUACGUUCGAUGUGGUUGGAUCAAGAUCUGAGCUUGAUGUUUCAGUUUACGACGCGGCCCGUGACGAUGCUUUCUUGGGCCAUGUGAGGAUUUUUCCUUCGACUAUUGGUUCUGAAGCCCACCAAAAACCUCAACUUUUGAACUUGCGUCCCAGAAUCGUUGGUGAAAGAGUUGAUGGACAAAUCAGAGUUGAAUGGAGGUACAAGUCAUCCGACAAAAAACUGUGCACUCCAGAUGACUUUGAGGUGUUGAGGCUUUUGGGUAAAGGAACCUUUGGACAGGUGUUUCAGGUCAAGAAAAAGGAUACCGAUCGAAUUUAUGCGAUGAAAGUGUUGUCAAAGAAAGUUAUUGUUAAAAAGAAGGAAAUUGCUCAUACCAUUGGCGAACGUGAUAUUCUUGUACGUACGUCAGCUGCUGCUUCUCCAUUCAUUGUUGGCUUAAAAUUUUCUUUCCAAACACCCACAGACCUUUACUUGGUUACAGACUACAUGUCAGGAGGAGAACUCUUUUGGCAUUUACAGAAAGAAGGUCGUUUCACCGAAGAUCGAGCCAAAUUUUACAUUGCAGAAUUAGUGUUGGCUCUUGAGCAUUUACAUGAUAAUGAUAUUGUAUAUCGUGAUUUGAAACCUGAAAACAUCUUGUUGGACGCCAAUGGACAUAUUGCUCUUUGUGAUUUUGGUUUGUCAAAGGCCAACUUGAACAACGAUGGUACAACCAACACAUUUUGUGGAACUACCGAGUACUUGGCACCCGAAGUUUUACUUGAUGAAUCCGGCUACACCAAGAUGGUGGACUUUUGGUCUCUUGGAGUUUUAAUAUUCGAAAUGUGCUGUGGAUGGUCGCCAUUUUACGCCGACAAUACCCAGCAGAUGUAUAAGAAUAUUGCAUUUGGCAAAGUUCGGUUUCCAAAAGAGGUAUUGAGCUCUGAAGGUCGAUCAUUUGUGAAGGGUCUUUUGAACAGAAAUCCCAAGCAUAGACUUGGUGCCGUGAAUGAUGCCAAGGAACUUCGAGCCCAUGCUUUCUUCCAAGAUAUAGAUUGGGACUUGCUUCGUGCCAAGAGCAUUCCUCCACCAUUCAAACCACAUUUGACUUCUGAAACAGACACAUCCAACUUUGACCCCGAAUUCACAUCAGAGUCAACGUCAGUAUUGCGCAAGAACCUCGAACUUGCAACGACGCCGUUGUCGCCGGGAAUUCAAGCCAAAUUCAAAGGAUUUACCUAUGUGGACGAUUCUGCUAUGGAAGAUCAUUUCGGCAAGUCGCACCGAAUGAAUACGUUUCAGCCACCAGGAUCUUUCAUCCCUGGUAAUCCUAACCUUCCACCUGACGAAGAUGUCAUCGAUGACGAUCACAUAGAAGAGGAGCCGGAAGAGAAGAUGCAGAUAGACGAUGAAAUGCACCAAAUGGAUGACGUCGAGUUCGUCAACGGGCGUUUCGACUUGUGA